ACGAUGCUAAGCCGCUCACUCCAACACAGCCACCCAACACUAUCACAAAGCCGCACAAGCUAGACUAUCUCCUCAGUAGCACUACCGGAGCCUCCCAGUUAGCAAUAUGGCAAAGUGCCUCGCCGUCGCGCUUCUGCUGCUGGUGGCGCUCGCGUACUGCGACGGGAGGGAGCUGAACCAGAAGGACCAGGCACUACCAACGACUCGCGGGGCUGGUGCCGGUCGUGCCGUCGACGAGUCCAAGGCGCUAGGGCUGCCAGACCUGCCGCUCGUCGGAACCGUUACCGGUACCAGCACCAUUACCGGCCCGCUGGUGGUGCUUCCUGGGAUCCCUGCUCACCCAUGAUCAUCUCGUGUUCAUGUGCUUACAAGAUGAAGCUCACCUUGUGGCUUUAGACUUUAGGCUCUAGCUAGCACCGUCCGGAGGAAAAAUGCCGGUGUUUCGCUCAUGUCCAUGCUCCUUAAUGGGCGUCUGUAUCAACCAGCCUGUCGUCUGUAUUUCUUUGCAGUUCUUUGUUCCAGUAAUUUUCGUUCCUUGAUGUGCCACAUGUAUCAUCAAAGUAAUAAAUACUACUCCUUUUGUCA